AUGAGAAGAGAAAGAGAAACUCCAAAACAGCAACAACAACAGGUUUCUUACACAGUGGAGCACCUUGUGGCUGUUAAUCCUUACAAUCCCGACAUCCUCCCUGAUCUCGAGAACUACGUUAAUGAGCAGGUUUCAUCCCAAACUUACAGUCUGGACGCUAACCUCUGUCUUCUUCGCCUCUACCAGUUUGAGCCUGAGCGUAUGAGCAACCAAAUUGUUGCACGCAUUUUGGUUAAGGCCCUCAUGGCAAUGCCGGCUCCAGAUUUCAGCCUUUGUCUGUUUUUGAUUCCAGAGCGAGUGCAAAUGGAGGAGCAGUUCAAGACACUGAUUGUUCUCUCCCACUAUCUGGAGACAGGAAGAUUUCGUCAGUUCUGGGAUGAAGCAGCUAAAAGUCGUCAUAUAGUUGAGGCUGUGCCAGGCUUUGAGCAAGCAAUCCAGUCAUAUGCCAUUCAUGUCCUUUCCCUGACUUAUGAAAAGAUUCAAAGACCCGUACUUGCUGAGGCUAUUAACAUUGAAGGCCUAUCCUUGGACAAAUUCCUUGAAUACCAGGCGGCCAACAGUGGUUGGAUUCUUGAGAAGGGUCAUGGCAGGGGUCAACUGAUAGUUUUACCUCAGAACGAAUUUAAUCAUCCUGAACUGAAGAAAAGUGAUGCUGAUAGCGUUCCAUUGGAGCACAUCACCCGUAUUUUCCCAAUUCUUGGUUAACUUCUUGUACGGAUGAGGACUUCUUUUGGAGUUAAUUCCCCAUGUUUCAAUAACAAGAACAAGCUACUUUAAGAUAGACUUCUCAACCCAUCUCAAAGGGUUUUUCACUUAUUAGAAUAUAGUUAUUUAUUAUUUAUCAUCUUGGAUUUUCUAAUGGCAAAGCUAGAAUGAAUCCCUUCCAACGAUUAAUUUCUUUGAGAAGUGGAAGUUUAAAACUAAAAGCAGUUGAUUUGUCAUUUAAGUGGAAACUGCCCUGUUUCCAUUCUCAAUCUCUUGCUGUUAUUCAAACUAUCUGCUAACUGCUUGGUUACACGUCAAUUUCUAGUGAGAUGGGGAGGGGAAUGGUAUUUAGAUUAU